UGCGCUCCGUGGCGUCUCCAGCGCGGCGCCGCCCCGGCAGCCCGGCGCGCAUGUGUGUCCUGCUUCUCCCCCGCUUGCUGCUCCGUCCCGCGGCCGGCGCCAGCAGCCACUCCAGCGGGCAUGGCUGCCCCCGGGGACGCGCUGAGGAGGAGGCGACAGCCGCCGCCGCCGCCGCCGCCGCGGGAGGAGGGAGCCGCCGAAGAGGCAGGCGGCCCCGUCCCCAGCCAGAAGCAGCAGCCCAGCGCCGGCACUUUCUGGCUGACCCGCCUGGCGCUCCUGCGCGCCACCGCCUUCAUCUACUUUGUGGCUUUUCUGGUGGCUUACCAUCAGAACAAGGGGUUGAUCGGAGAGCGAGGACUUCUGCCUUGCAAGCUCUACCUGGAGAACAUCAAGCGCUAUUGCAAGGGGAAGAUAAACCUGGAAGCCCUGAGCUACGCCCCAACUCUCUUCUGGUUCCUGGACUGGUCUAGCAUGGACAUCACACUGGACAGCUUCGCCUUGAUGGGCUUGGCCAUCUCGGCUUUCAUUUUGGUCACCGGCUGUGCCAACGUCCUCCUCAUGGCCGCCCUUUGGGCUCUCUACCUCUCUUUGGUUAACGUGGGACAGGUCUGGUAUUCCUUUGGGUGGGAAUCUCAGCUGCUGGAAACUGGGUUCCUAGGGAUAUUCCUCUGCCCGCUCUGGACACUGUCUCAGGUGCCCAAACACUCGCCUCCUUCCCGCAUCGUCAUCUGGGCCUAUCGAUGGCUGAUCUUCCGGAUCAUGCUUGGAGCAGGCUUGAUUAAAAUUCGAGGGGACCGCUGCUGGAGAGAUCUGACGUGCAUGGACUACCACUACGAGACCCAGCCUGUGCCCAACCCAGUCGCCUACUACAUGCACCGCUCGCCUUGGUGGUUCCAUCAGUUUGAGACCCUCGUCAACCACUUCAUUGAGCUGGGCGUGCCCUUUUUCAUCUUCCUCGGGCGACGGAUGUGCACCCUCCAUGGGCUUCUGCAGAUCCUCUUCCAGGUGCUCCUGGUCAUCAGCGGGAACCUCAGCUUCCUCAACUGGCUGACCAUCGUGCCCAGCAUAGCCUGUUUUGAUGAUGCCGCCUUGGGAUUCCUUUUCAGCUCCAAAGGAAGAGGUGCAAAGAGCCGUGUACUGGAAAUACAAGCCAAAGAGGCCGAGGGGAAAGGCGCACCUUUGCCAUACAGCUGCUAUAUCCGCAAAGUGGCGAACGUCUCUUUUGGGAUCCUCAUUGCCUACCUCAGCACCCCAGUGGUGGUCAACUUGCUUAGCUCCCAACAAGUCAUGAACACGUCCUUCAACCCUCUCCGGAUCGUCAACACCUACGGGGCCUUUGGAAGCAUCACCAAAGAGAGGACCGAAGUUGUCAUUCAAGGGACGUCCAGCCUGGAUGCCAACGAUCCUGCUGCCCUCUGGGAAGAGUACGGAUUUAAGUGCAAGCCUGGGGACCUGCGGAAGCGACCCUGCCUCAUCAGUCCCUACCACUAUCGCUUGGACUGGCUCAUGUGGUUUGCUGCAUUCCAGACCUACGAACAGAAUGAAUGGAUCAUCCAUUUAGCGGGAAAGCUUUUGGCCAAUGAGAAGGAAGCUUUGUCUCUGAUCGCGUUCAACCCCUUUGAGGGCAAGAAGCCACCCAGAUGGGUCCGUGGAGAGCACUUCAGGUACAAGUUCAGCCGGCCAGGAGGGAACCAUGCCGGAGACGGGAAGUGGUGGAUCCGGAAGAGAAUCGGGCCCUACUUCCCGCCAGUCAAUCUGGAAGCCUUGAGGAAGUUUUUCGAGGCCCGGAAUUGGCCUCUGCCAUCGCAGGACUGAGGAGUGGACGGUGACCAAGAAAGGUCUGAGCCCUGAAUUGGACAGAUCAUCAGGUGUGGGAAGGCAGAGGGAAGAGAACAAAGAGGUGUGCUGUAGCCAUCAAGAGCCCCACCCCUUCCUGGAUCUUCAGGCAAAAGGGGGAAUCACUCCUUCCCCGAUGAUGGGAUCUCCUCCGGAGUGCAGUAUGGGUGAACCCCGGCAAGAGCUCCAACGGAGAGACCCGCUUUCUGAUUGUUCAGAUCAGAACCUCUUGGGGUUUUUCCUUUGCCCCUUCACAUUCCCCAUCUUUCUUCUUGCAUAGAGGGGGAAGGUUGCACCAGAACUGCCUACCAAUCACCGGGUUUGCCACUUGCCCCGGGUAACGGGGACGUCAAGAGCCUGAAAUGCCCAUCAGCUAACUUCCAGUCUGUGGCCAGCAGCCCCCCCUGGUGACCAUGAGUGAGCACUGCCUUCAUCCAGACCUCCUUCUCACCAAGCAAUGGCCAGAUCCUGGAAUGUGCUCGCUUUUCUCCCUCAGCCCACCCGGCUCCACCCUCUCACUCUGCACACAGAACCACCACCCGAUAUUUCCUGCCGGCUGUGUGCGUGUCCAGUCCGUUAGGAGCGUGAAAUCGGGAUCAGAACAGGCAGCAACAUGUGCUUGGCCUGGAUCUCGGGGACAGCAGUGGCUUCCCCGCUCGCUUGCGAUUUGCUUUUCCUUUAUUCGGAGGGCGGGGGAGUUGUGUGGGUAUGAUCCAUCCCAUGGAACUGAAGGUUGGGAAAUUUAGGACCGACAAGAAGAAGUACUUUUUCGCACAACGUAUAACCAGCCUAUGGAAUUCUCUGCCACAAGAUGUGGUGACAGCCAACAGCCUGAGUGACUUUAAGAGGGGUUUAGACAAAUUCAUGGAGGACAGGUCUAUCAACGGUUACCAGUCUGAGGGCUUUAGGCCACCUCCAGCCUCAGAGGCAGGAUGCCUCAGAAUCCCAGUUGCAGGGGAGCAACAGCAGGAGAGAGGGCAUGGAUAACAAAGAUAACCACCUAAAGGUUAUCUCACCCACAACCGCAGAUGAGACCUUGAAGCAAUGGGAAUUGGGGGGUUAGGUAGCUUAAGGUUAAAAAGGUGCUUAAAAGUUAAAAACAGAGGCAGAAAGAAGUGAAAUAAAACAUUGUGCCAUGCUCUCCAGCUGUCCAGCAAUGCCCUCCCCAAAUCCUCCGAUUUUCCAUUUAAAAAAAAAAUCAUGGGGGAUUUUUUUAAAAAAAGAAAGAGCCACUAAAUGGCUCUGUCUUGCAAAAUGGUGGCUGGAAAUGACAUCAGAAGUUCUUUCCGGCCACCCAGGAACUACAGAUAGGUGAAUUUUGCCUAUUUUUAGAACCGCGGAUAAGCAGGUUGGGUCUCUAUUUCCCAACCGCAGAUACGCAACACCGCAGAUAACGAGGGCCACCUGUACAUAAAAAGAUCCCUAUAAUCCAAAAUGUGUGUAUAAAAUUCAGCCUUGUAAUUGUGGGAGUCUCAUAAGAAGCAUCCGUUUAGACUUUUUCUAACAUCACAAUGACAAGACUGAAUUUAUACUCACUCACAUUGUGGAUUAUAGGUGAUCUCUUUAUGUACGAUUAUUUGUAAGAAUUUUAAUAGUGCGAAUGAUUAUAGUCGAUGAGUGGGGCUGAUGUAUAAGAACUGAUGUUCUAUAAUUUGUUGGAGUCUGCAAGCCACUGAGGGAUCUCAUCCCUUGUUUUCAUGGAGCAAUCAUUCAAGAUGGUGGCUCAAACGGAGAUUGAAUUGCAAUUCAAUGCAAUUCCUUGCACCAUUUCUGUCUCUGAGUUUGGCAAAGACACCUCUAAUACUUUCCUCAGCAAAACAAAAGAUUAAAUCCAGUUUCUGGAUUCUACACCCCCGAUCUCUUUCCUUCCCUCAGCAUGGCCUGCUGUCUGGUCGACUGAGCUGAUGUCCUCUGGGAAUUUCCAAACAAAGACAAAAAGUGUUUACGCUCAGGGCUGGUGAGGCGGGUGGCAGAUAAUGCUGAGGUUCUCUUGAGAUCUGAUGCUAAUUUUAGUGGUCACCUUGGCCGGGUUUUUGGAAGUUGGUGGGGAUGCCAAAAAGAAAACAUACCUGAUGAUCAUGCACUGGCUUUAAAAACAUCUUGAGAUAGAGAGGAAGAUCAUGGAAGGGCAGGAUUUUCCAAAGGAAGGGCUUAAACAUUUAUAAGAUUUGGAUAGAUAUUUUUCAAAGGAAAAUUAAUGGCUUACAAACAAAUAAAAAUAAAAAGGAGCCCUAAACUAGAUGCAUUUCAAACUCUCCCAUUGAUCAGGAUUGACAGCUCCCAGUUAUUGGUGGUCAAGAAGAACAUUCCCUGUGAAGGAAUACAUCCCACAAUUAAUGCUUACUUUUCUAAAAUGGGAGGCCCUGGGGCUGGAGGCUGGCUGAGAGCCACGCACCUGCCUGGUCUGGGCUCUUCCUUGCUAAUCCUAGAUGUGUGGCCUCGGACUGGGAUUACUCACAAGUCAACGAGAGGCACCCUGCAUCACACUCAGGGCGACCUCUUUUUGACCAGGGCUCAUCCGGUUGUCCAACCUGGAAUUAUAAGACUUGGAACCAGCUCGUCCCACUGCUCUUGUGCAGUUCUCAUUCUUCCUGUUCUUCUCAUGCUUCGGCGUUGAAACCUGUAACCCAGGGUUUUCUCAGACUUGGCUACCCAGAUAUUGUUGGACUUCGGCUCCCAUAAUCCCCAGCCACAGUCGUCAAAGGUCAAAGGCUGGAGUUGAACUCCAACCACAUCUGGGUUCCCAAAUCUGAGAAACUCCUUCUGUACCCCAAAUCAGGACUGCUUUGGGGGUAAGAGUUCUGACUUUUCUUUAUUCUGAUGUCUAUCGCUCCCUGAUAAUGCAUUAAUAAUAAAAUCAUGAUGGUACCAGAUAAUCUGCUACUCGGAUCGAUUAUGCCCAUGUGGGAAUGGAGAGGUUGGAUCGAUCGACCAUAUACGUCUUUUCUGUCUUCUCUAGAACAACAAGCCUAAAAUCUGCAUUUUCGGUGUAUUCACACCCCUUUUAAAUAGAUACCCACAUAGUUCUGAUGAUUUUUUAUAUAACAUUUCUUCUCUCUGACCAAUGUGCUGAAGUGUCAUAUCAAGUGGCUAGAUUUUGUGUAAAGCUAAAGUUGUGCUGUCGAGUCGGUGUCAACUCGUGGUGCCCACAGACAACUGUGGUUGUCUUUGGUAGAAUACAGGAGGAGUUUCCCAUUGCCAUCUCCCGCGCAGUGUGAGAUGAUGCCUUUCAACAUCUUCCUAUAUCGCUGCUGCCCGAUUAUAGGUGUCUCCCAUAGUCUGGGAAACAUAUUUUUUAUAGCAUGGGGAAAAUCUGGAAAUGGUUUGUUAGGAAUGGUUAAUUAGAACAUCACUGUGGGGAUUUUUUUAUCUUUUAAAAAAAUUGAGGUUUGGUCUACAUGUUUAUGCCAAACAUUAUACAUGUUUGUUUUUUAUGUUUAAUGUUGUGUUGCUGGGGAAAUAAUAGAGAAUCCUUUCCCAGCCAAAAGGCCGAGAAGCGAUUACUACACCUACUUACUACCAAUACUUAUAUACCGCUUUUCAGCAAAAGUCCACAAAGUGGAUUACAUAGAGAAAUAAAUAAAUAAUAUAUAAGCUGGCUCCCUAUCCCCAAAGGGCUCACAAUCUAAAAAAAAAAAACAUAAGGCAGACACCAGCAACAGCCACUGGAGGGAUGCUAUGCUGGGGAUGGAUAGGGCCAAUUGCUCUCCCCCUGCUAAAUAUAAGAGAGUCAGGCGCCUCCUUGCCCAUUUCGCAGGGGGAAACUGGGCAAACUUUGCCCCUGCUAUUAUUCACCGAUUUAUUUAAUAGAAUGGAUGAAAAAAAUUCUCUGAAAUGUUCUCUUCAAUUAUGGCAAACAUUCCUUUCCCCAAAAUAUAAUAUCUGGUAUGAUAUCUCUGGUUGGGUUUGAUUCUGUGCUGUAGUCUGUAUUCUGCUGGUCUUGGACUGUAAUAAACUAAUUAAAUUGA